AUGUCAGCUUCCAACAUCAGUGACAACAGCCUCCCAGCCACUCUCUUCCUGACAGGGAUCCCAGGGCUGGAGUGGGCCCACACCUGGAUUGCCAUCCCCUUUUGUGCCAUGUAUCUGGUAGCACUGGCUGGGAAUGCCUCCCUCAUCCUGGUCAUCUUGACAGAUGGUGCUCUUCAUGCACCCAUGUACCUCUUCCUUUGCCUUCUUUCACUCACCGACCUGGCUCUCAGCUCCACCACUGUGCCCAAAAUGCUGGCCAUUUUGUGGCUGCAGGCUGGUGAGAUUUCCUUUGGGGGAUGCCUGGCCCAGAUGUUUUGUGUCCAUUCUAUCUAUGCUCUGGAGUCUUCAGUUCUUCUUGCCAUGGCCUUUGAUAGAUAUGUGGCUAUUUGCAACCCAAUGAGAUACACGAUGAUUCUCAAUCAUAGCAUCAUAGGCAGAAUUGGCCUUGUGGGGAUAUUCCGUAGUGUGGCCGUUGUCUCCCCCUUCAUCUUCUUGCUGAGGCGACUGCCCUACUGUCAGCACCGUGUCAUGGCACACACAUACUGUGAGCAUAUGGGCAUUGCUCGACUGGCCUGUGCCAAUAUCACUGUCAAUAUUGUCUAUGGGUUGACUGUGGCCCUGCUGGCCAUGGGUCUGGAUUCAAUUCUCAUAGCUAUCUCCUAUGGUUUUAUCCUUCGUGCUGUCUUUCAUCUUCCAUCCCACGAUGCCCAGCACAAGGCUUUGAGUACUUGUGGCUCCCACCUCGGGGUCAUCCUGGUCUUCUACAUUCCUGCCUUCUUCUCCUUCCUCACCCACCGCUUUGGCCAACACCGAGUCCCCAAGCCUGUGCACAUCUUUCUGGCUAAUCUCUAUGUGCUGGUGCCUCCUGUGCUCAACCCCAUCAUCUAUGGAGCUAGGACCAAAGAGAUUCGGAGUCGACUUCUAAGACUACUUCACCUAGAGAAAGUCUCAUUAUGA